CUCCGUGACGAGCACGCGCGGGUCGCUUACCCACAGGGUCGCGCGCACGCGUGUGCACGCAUCGUAAUUGCGCGGGAGUAGUUCGCUGCUGUCGACGAGUGAGGGAGGAAGAGGACCCGAAAGAUCGCCAUCUAUCGUGGCGCUCGCGCCGAUACUGUGCCGUGGCUGUCGCGGUGUGGCGCUAGUGUGGCCGAUUAGUGGCGCGACAGAAACGUACGGUGAUUCUCGAGGAAGAAGAGGGGGAGAAAGAGACAGGUGUGUACGAGGAAACGAACGGGCGAUUUUUGGUCGGACUUUUGAUACUUUCACGACGCGCAUCUCUGCGGCUGCGGGAGUCAGUACUAGCGCGGCCGCGGUGCGGUGACUUUCGUCGCGGUGCCUUCUCGUGUGUGAACUUCGCUCCUCACCUCUCCCUACCCCGGUCGCAAAAAGAGAAGGCCUCCCCUCCGCCGGCGCGACGGGCGCAUUGACUCUCGUUCGUCUUCGACUCGUCACACACGGAGCGGGUAUCCUUGGUUCCACCACCACCCGAGCUUGCCCUCACCAUCGGGCCGUUCCCCCUCUCUUCCUUGCCCCUCGACCCUUCCGCCCUUCUCCGACACGGCGGUGCUGCCGAGGGACUAUUCCUCGCGGCGCGACGACGGUCGUUCAGUGCGCGUCUCGUCGUUGUUGCGACGAUUGGCGAAGUGGAGAGUUUCGUUUGCCAUCCCCCCCGGCGUUCGCCUCUCACUGGAUCGUCUCGCUCGUGAAUUGAGUAAACAGAAGAGGAAGAUUCAUCGGUGAGAAGAAAGAGGAGGAAGAGAGAAAGAGGGAGAGAGAGAGAGAGAGAGAGGAUCGUUCGCCACCUAACACGGACGCGAAGGUUGUCGUUCCCUUCCCGGCGAGCCUCUCAGCGUAUCGUCGUCCCACGGAUACUGGAAUUAAAGUGUGUCAACGGCAAGUGUGUAUUAAGAAAAAAAGUGAGAACCGCGCGUGAGAGAGAGAGAUCGCAUUUCUCGCGACGACGACAUAUUCGCGGUAUCGGCCAAUCACCAAUCGUAACGCACUGUUCGCGCGCAGUGCACAGUGGGAAGCGAGGCAGCGACGAAGUUUGUUCCGCGCGGUCCGGAAACCGCGAAUACCAAACCGGCGUUCGCACGCCCGGCGCGACGCGUUUGUUCGUUCGUUCGUCCGCUCGCUCGCUCGCUCGCUUCCGGGACGGGAGAAUCGCGCACGGUGCGUGGCUAUGCAGCAACCCCGCGGCGUCGUGGCGAGUAGGUAACGCCAACGAGACGCGACGAGCAGCGCAGGGGGUGCAUCCGCGUCUCCUCCGCCGGCUGGGAAGCGCCGGCGGCGUGUAAACACCGACGGGAUACGCGUCGUCAACAUGUGGACCACGAUGCUCGUGUGGACGGUCGCCGUCGUUCUCCUGCCGACGCCCCGAGCGGUGCACGCCUCGGGGGUGUUCGAGCUGAGACUAAAGUCCUUCGUGAACGAGUACGGCAAGGACAGCCUGGGCAAGUGCUGUUCCGGCAGCGUGUCCAGGACGGGCGAGUGCUCGGGCGUCUGCAAGACGAGGUUUCGGGUCUGUCUGAAGCAGUACCAGGUGAAGAUCGACACUACGUCGGCGUGUACGUACGGCGACGUAGUGACGCCCAUUCUCGGCGAGAACGUGGUCAACCUCAGCGCUAAUGUCGCCAUGUCGAGCUUCACCAAUCCCAUCAGGUUCCCGUUCGAAUUUACGUGGCCGGGUACAUUUUCGCUGAUAGUGGAGGCUUAUCACGAUGCGAACAGCACGCAAUCGACCGAGAAAGUGCUGAUCAGCAGACUGACCACCCAGAAAUGGCUGGACGUCGGGCAGGAGUGGACUGUGGACGAAUACAGGAGUGCCCACGCGCGAAUGGAGUACGAGUACCGAGUGAGGUGCGUGGCACAUUACUACGGCAAGGGCUGUGAGAACCUGUGUCGGCCGCGAGACGACAACUUCGGCCACUACAGCUGCAGCCCGACCGGGGAACGUGUCUGCCUCACCGGUUGGAAGGGCGACUACUGUAACUCCCCCCGUUGCCUGCCCGGAUGCGACGAACAGCACGGACACUGCCAGCAACCCAACGAAUGCCAAUGUCACAGCGGCUGGAAGGGCACACUGUGCAAUCAGUGCGUGAGGUACCCGGGCUGCCUCCACGGUAGCUGCCAAAAGCCCUGGGAGUGCGAGUGCGACGAGGGUUGGGGCGGGCUGUUCUGCAACCAGGACCUCAACUAUUGCACGAAUCACAAGCCCUGCGUAAACGGCGGCACCUGCUUCAACACCGGCCAGGGCUCGUACACCUGCUCGUGCCCGUCAGGUUUUACCGGCACCGACUGCCAGACGCCGCUCUUCGACUGUCACUCGAAGCCGUGCAUGAACGGCGGUACCUGCAGCAUGGAAUCGUCCGGUAGCUACGCGAACAUCUCGUCGUCGCACGCUGCCGGAAGCAUCGGCUACCGUUGCACCUGUCCGCCCGGUUGGCGAGGCAGACACUGCGAGAUCACGACGAGAUCUUGCCGGGAUUCGCCCUGCCAUCACGGCGCCACCUGCGAGGAGGACUCGGUGCGCGGCUACGCGUGCCGAUGCGCGGCCGGUUACACCGGCAACGACUGCGAGUCGCAGCUCGACGAGUGCGCGCCGAACCCGUGCGCGAACGGCGGCACCUGUACGGACUACGUGAACGGUUUCCGGUGUGGCUGCCCGCUCGGUUUCGCCGGCGAGCGCUGCGAGAUCAACGUGGACGACUGCCAGGGCGACCCGUGCCUGAACGGCGGCACCUGCGUGGACCUGGUGAACAGCUUCCGCUGCCAGUGCGUGCCGGGAUACGUCGGCCGCCUCUGCCAGGACAAGGUGGACUACUGCCUGGCGAAACCGUGCGCGAACGGCGGCAGGUGCAUCUCGGGGACCAACGAUUACCGGUGCGUCUGCAAGCCCGGCUUCACCGGCAAGGACUGCAGCGUCGACGUGGACGAGUGCCAGAGCGCGCCCUGCCGGAACGGCGGCGCCUGUCGGAACCGCGUCAACGGUUUCCUCUGCGACUGCCCGGAGGGCUGGUACGGCGACACGUGCGGCGAGGAGGCAGCGGGCGUCCUGCCGUCCACCGGCGGAGCGCCGCCCGCGGUGCCGCCGUCGGGCGCCAGCUACUGGUCCGGCAAUCUGUCGAAGCACGUCGCCUCGGCGGAGGCGAGGAACGCCGGCCUCACCACCGAGCACAUCGUGAUGAUCGCGACCAUCUCCACCGCGGUGCCGGUCUUCGUGCUGGUCGCCAUCGUCGCGGUGAUGUGCAUGAAGAGACGGCGGAAGCGGGAGCAAGCGAGGGCCGACGAGGAGGCGAGGCUGCAGAACGAGAGGAACGCGGUGCACAGCAGCAUGAGCAAGCGCAGCGCCAGCACGAUCGGCGCUGGCGGCCUCCUCGGCUCCGCCGCCGCCGCCGGCAGCGGCAGCGUCUGCGCCUUGGGUGCCGGCGACGCGCACAUGAUCAAGAACACCUGGACGGCGAACAAGAGCGUGAACAACGUGGCGUCGCGGCAGGACGACCUCGACUCGUCCUUUCAGACCGACGUGACGCUCGACAGCGCGUGCUCGGGUUACAAGCCGGAACCGGUGCUGCAGGACGGCAGAACGACGAGGACGACGAAGCAGUUGAACACGGAAGCAGCCGCCCACAGAGCGUCCGCUCACCUCUUCCAGAAGGAGAAGGACUGCCUCGACGGUGCCAAGAGGUCGUCCAUGUUCGCCACCGGCAACGCGCCGGACGUCUGUUGCGUCGCGGAGGCCGCGUUGCUGAAGAGGCCGACGACGAUAUCGGAGGCUGGCGGCGGUAGUGGUGGUCCACCGGGAAGCGGCGGUGUCACGGACAACAACAGUUGCGGUGUGUACGUGAUAGACGAUCAUUACAGGCAUGACGCCGCGCUGGCGGCGACGCUCGCGACGGAAGUGUAGUAGCAGCCGGACUUUGUAGUAGACUCCGUUAGAAAUUCUCGAGAGAAAGACGGUUCGUUUCCACACGGAUCGACGGACUCUCGGUUUCCUCUUCGAUUUCUUCGUUUUCUUCUUCUCGUUUUUCAAACCGCGAGAGAGAGAGAGAGAGAGAGAGAGAGAGAGUUUAGGUGGACGAGACGAAAGGACCGGAAGAAGAAACAACGCGAUGCUGUGGGGGUCGGCCGGCGAACGUCGCCGACCCGUCUUUAGGUAUUAAAUAUUGUAUCGUGCUCGCGAAACUCUGUACAGAACUAAUUUAUUAUUAUUGUUAUUUACUUAUUCUAUUAGGAUUGCCCGCUAUUAAUUAAUAUUAUUAAUAUUAUUAUAUACCGUAUAGCAGCAUUAUCAUUGUUCCCGGUAUUAGUUCUUUUUCGAAUUUGCGUGACCCGAGCCUCGCUCGCGAGAGCUCUUACGUGUAUAUGUUGUGUGAGAGAAAGAGUGUGUGUAGUCGCGAGCGAGAAAGUUCAACGACGGAUCAGCAUCCUCGGACGACGUCGCCUUUCCGCGGGAAUUAAGUGUUCUUUUUUUUCUUUUCAAUGAGAGAUGCAUUCCCCCUUUCUUCGGACGAGAAGUAACGUCGCGCGGAGAACUUUUUCCGGUAAGUAGCGACUCGACGGGAAGGGAGAAGGGUGCUCGCUCGGCUCUUCGGGAUUCUCCGCUUCGUCGACGGCUGCCCCGAUGAGUCGAGUGACUCUUUCGCCGAUUGAAAGGGCGGAACACAGUGUGCGGCGCUUCACGGAGUUUCGCCCUUUCAAUCCGAAGACGCGCGUCAAUUUCGUCAUUUCUCUCGACGAAGGCGGGCAUGGGGUAAAAUUAGCGCGUAAGACCUAAACUGACGGAUAGAUAAGUAGGCUUUUGUAGGAGGAUAAAAACAAAACGAAAAAAAAAGAAAGAAAGAAAAUACCAAAAAUACGAAUGUGUGGAAGGUCCGUGUGAAUUUUCCGACGACGCGUGUGUGUCGUUCGACGAAACUGCUCGCGCUAACGCACGGUUGAAGGGACGAGUAGAUGUGUGUAUAAAUUAUACAGAUAUUAUAUAUAUAUAUAUGAAGAAAUAUAUAUAUGUAUGUAAAUGAAGACUCAGUGAGAGACCCGUCGUCGUCGGCGGGCGGCGUUCCGAAGUGACUCGGUGCCGAAAUUAGCGAGAGGGCGAGAAUCGUCGUCGCGCGGGCGAACGUCGGACCUAACGCGGCCGAUUUCUCCCAUCCAUGGCGAGUUCGAUUCUGAUAGCGGCAAGUAAGAUUGAUUCUUUUCUGACGCGAAUUUCCAGAUAGCACUCGGAGAAUCAGGACUUGAAGUCCUAAGAGAUGUCCUCCGGAUAACUCGAGAAUUUCUCUCGCAGAGGAAGAUUUCUCGAACAUCUCUUUCCUAGAAUCCGACUGCAUUUCCCGGAAACUGAGGAAGAAUCGAUCUUCCACGUUCGCUCGUACGCGGAAAGAGAAGUCGAUUCUCUCUCUCUCGCGCGCGAUCCGUUCGACGAGGAACGCCAGCGAGACCAUUCGUCUUCUUCGACGGCACGCGCUCGCUGACUUCUACCGCGUGAUAGAUACGUGACAGUUAUUGCGUGCUGUUGUCGCGAUGUCGAUGGUUAAUUAAUUAAUUAUUUAUUCAUAUGGCUGCUGAUUACGAACGCGACGGUUUUACACGGCGUAACAAACAAAAAAAAAAGGAGAGAAAAGAAAAAAAGAAGAGAAGUGGCGGUAGCCCGCCAAUGAUUACGAUGCUAAUGAUAUAAUGAUGAUGUGACGUACGGAAGAGAGAAGUGCGAGUGUGCGAGUGAGAGAGAAAGAGAGAGAGAGAGCGUGAAUGAGCGAAUUGUAGCGAACAAAGAUUCGAUGAUGUUCCUGUUACGAAUAAUGAUAAUUAAAUAAACGAAAAUGCAAGUAUUCGACUAAGUCAGGCUUACGUUCGGGGUGUCUCGCGCGAGCGCAUGGCGUUUUCGCGGCGGUGAUCGCGGAUCGAUCGAUCGUUGGUCCUCUCCGCCCGUACCUCCCGUCGCGCGCAACAUAGCCCGAUUAACGAGAAGCGCGUACGCGUAUAGAUGCGAGACGAUUAUAUUGUACGAAUUACAACGUGUAAUAAAACUGUUGUCAUUUUUUGUACUUACACUUCCAUGGACGAUUUGAUACGUCGCUAAUCGUUGAACGGUGUCCAUUCCUGCUCGCCAUCCGGUUCUUCCCCCCUCCCCCCCUCCACUUUCUUCUCAAUAUCGCGCGUUCGUCCGAAUCCUCGUCUCUUUCCCUACCAGCACGACGCGCAACCGCGAAAAUAUCGCCACCCCCGCAGAUAUAGUGGCCUUUUGUUCGCGACGAGGCAUUGAUACGCGAAGAUUGUAAAGACUUCCUCCCGCAUUAUCCCAUUUUUGUAUAAAACAAAAAUAGAAGAUAACACAACGUAUACAUACACAACACAUACACACGCGACAAAUCUGUAUAUUUGUAGUAGAAGUAUACAAUUACGAUUAUUAUUAUUAAUUAUUAAUAUUAUUAUUAUUAUGAAACAUGUAAAUAGAUGAAUUGUCGAUAUAACGAUGUCCCGCAAACGACA